AUGGCCAAAAGCUACGUUGCAAUGCCACAAGCAUUACAUGAUGAUAUCCAUGAUGCAGGUAAUACGGUGCUUCAAGUUGCAAACGCAGCUGGUUUCUCUGUGAACUUAGCAGGCCGAAGAAUUGGAAGUGCUCCACCUUCUCCCAGACGCGCUAAUCCCGUCCAUAUGGUAGCCCCUGCCCCACCUGAAAAGCCCCGUGUUAGGCUUUUGCAGCGACCACCACCACCACCAUGCAAGCCCUCAGCUUCUUCUAUACCAUGA